CACCUGCACACGCCCAUGUUCUUCUUCCUGCUCAACCUGGCCCUCACUGACCUGGGCAUGAUCUGCACCACUGUCUACUCAGGAUGUGCUGUUCAGCUGUUUUGUUUUGUGUUUUUCUUUUCAACAGAGAUUUCCCUCCUGACCAUCAUGUGUUACGACCGCUAUGUGUCCAUCUGCAAACCCCUGCACUACGGGACCCUCCUGGGCAGCAGAGCUUGUGCCCACAUGGCAGCAGCUGCCUGGGCCAGUGCCUUUCUCAAUGCUCUGCUGCACACAGGCAAUACAUUUUCCCUGCCCCUGUGCCAUGGCAAUGCCCUGGGCCAGUUCUUCUGUGAAAUCCCACAGAUCCUCAAUCUCUCCUGCUCCAAAUCCUACCUCAGGGAACUUGGGCUUCUGGUGUUUUCCAUUUCUUUAGGUUUUUGUUGUUUUGUGUUCAUGGUUUUCUCCUACGUGCAGAUCUUCAGGGCUGUGCUUAGGAUCCCCUCUGAGCAGGGACGGUACAAAGCCUUUUCUACCUGCCUCCCUCACCUGGCCGUGGUCACACUGUUCUUCAGCACUGGCACAUUUGCCUACCUGAAACCCUCCUCCAUCUCUUCCCCAUCCCUGGAUCUGGCCCUGUCAGUUCUGUACUCCGUGGUGCCUCCAGCCCUGAACCCCCUCAUUUACAGCCUCAGGAACCAGGAGCUCAAGGCGGCAGUGAGGGUCUUCUAUGGGAGACCACCUGAAAGUCAGGAGAAGUCCAGCCAGGCCGAGAGGGUCCACCUAAGAGUGAUUAUCACCUUGACAAUUACAUCUACUACGAUGAUCGACAGCGCCACCCUGAUGCAUGUGAAUGCUGACUUCCCCAAAGUCGACUGA